AUGUCGUCGUUUCGGCUGCACGCGGACCAUUUGAAGGAUUCGGACGCUUUUGUUAAGGGAAUCAGAGACAUACGAAAAAUCAUUUGCCCAAAAGAGAGUCGACAUACGAACAAAAAUUUCGGAGCCGUCUGGGGGGACGAAAAGGAGAUGUGGCCGCUGAGGCUACACCUGGACGGUACUACCUGGCUGUCAACUGGUUUCGUCUGCGGCUUGAGCCCCGUCUUCGGUAUUGUUACUACCGGCGUUCAUCUAAAUGUCUACAAAGGUAAAAAGGAAGAUCCGAAAGCCUAUUCAAUAUUCGUUGCAAAACGUUCCGACAAGAAGUCAACAUUUCGUGGCAUGUACGAUCAGUGCGCUGCUGGAGGCUAUCAGUACGCAGGUGGGGGUUUCGGCGAAGCUAACGACAAGUCUGCGAAGGAAUGUCUUAAGCGGGAAGUGAAAGAGGAAAUAAAUGGUAGUCUAGGAUCUGACUGGCUCAAGGAUGUCAAGAAAGCCCCUCCGAUUCAGUUUGCUGUCCUGCGGGAUAAGAAAUGGGGUAAAGACUUUCUUGGCGCCCCUGAACUCGGCGUCAAAAUCCCAUUCGAUCUGGAAGUGAAAGAAGACCCGGUUUUCAAGCCCAACCCGGACGAAGUCGAGUCAGUCGAGAAGAAGUCAGUCGGCGAGAUUGUCAAAGAUCUUCUCAAUGGAGAAUUCAAGCCAAACUCCGCACUCGUUAUGAUCGAUUUCCUGAUCCGACACGGCUGUCUGGGAGAAGUCUCACCUGGCGACGUUGAUCAGAUGAAGAAAAUGCUCCAAGAGCAUGCAGUUGUCAAUGAUCUUCUUCACUGGAGUGAUGUAGAGAGCUAG